GGGGCGGGCGGAACCCCUGUUCCCCCGCGUCUAACCCGCUCCGGGCUUAGGGGACGGCAACGUAGCAGGGCUGGAACCUCCCCGUUUCCACCGCUGCACGCUCCCCUCCCCCUUUCCCGCGCGGAGAGGAAGGGACCCGGGCUGCGAUUCGCCCCGCUCCGAGAUGGGUGGCGCCUGCUCCCGGGAAUUUUCUGGCACAGCGGAGCGCGAGCGCUGCAGGAGGCGGGGAAGGGCGUUUAGCAGGGCCGCUGCCGGGAGCUGCUGCGUCUGCACCGGAGCGCGAGCGGCCGCGGGGAGCUGCCCGCGCGGUAUUUGAAAAAUCUUCUCCAAGAUGAAUUUCUUCCUGGAAACACUCAGAGUCGUGGUGCUCUCAAUAUAUUUCUUGUUGGAGUCUCUAGUCUUGUUGUUUGUUCCCGUACGAAAGAAAAAUGUUGCUGGUGAAAUAGUACUUAUAACAGGAGCCGGAAGUGGAAUUGGAAGACUUCUAGCAUUAAAAUUUGCCCGCCUUGGAGCCACUCUUGUUCUCUGGGAUAUUAAUCAAGAAGGUAACAAGGAAACAAGCAGACUAGCUAAAGAAAAUGGAGCUGUGAGAGUGCAUGCAUACUUGUGUGACUGCAGCAAAAGGCAAGAGAUCUACAGAGUGGCAGAUCAGGUUAAAAAAGAAGUUGGUGAUGUUAGUAUCCUAAUCAAUAAUGCUGGUAUUGUAACUGGAAAGAAGUUCAUUGAUUCUCCAGAUUCGCUUGUGGAGAAAACCAUGGAGGUGAACAUCAUGGCACACUUCUGGACUUACAAAGCCUUCCUCCCAGCCAUGAUGGCUUAUAGCAGUGUUGCAAAACCUGAAGGCAUGAAACAGAAGAUGAAAGAGAAGAAAUAUGGUGAGGAAGAGAAGAGAUACAUGGUGGGGAAGGAAGAAGUCUCACCAGCCGAUGAUUGCGGUUUACCCAAAGCUAGUGGAGAUUAUUGUGCAAGUAAAUUUGCAGCAGUUGGGUUUGCAGAAGCAGUUGGUUUAGAAAUGCUAGCUCUGGAGAAGACCGGCAUUAAAACCACUAUUGUGUGUCCUUACUUCAUAAACACAGGAAUGUUUGAUGGUUGUAAAACCAAGUGGCCUUGUCUACUCCCUAUUCUAAAUGCAGAGUAUGCAGCAGAGAAGAUUGUGACUGCUAUACAACGGGAACAGGUGCAUCUGAUAAUGCCACGAAGCCUGUACUUUUUAUGCUUUCUGAAAACUAUUUUGCCUGUGAAAAUGGGGAUAGUCCUAGGAGACUACAUUGGGGCCUUCCAUUUCAUGGACCACUUCAGAGGUCGGGCGAAGGAGGACUGAUAAUAAAGAGUGAAGACAUCCAGUACCAGCAGCUCUAAAAUAAUUGACGGGUUUAGAGUUUAAAACAUGGCCUGCUAUUUCAGCAGCACAGAAUUUGUCUUCUGUAUUCCACUUGUAGUGCCUCAUACAUUUGUUAGUUAACAGCUUUAAUCAACAGCUUCAACACAAGCUGCCUUUCCUUGAUUUUCUGAAUAGCUAUCCUUGAUUUAAUCUAAAUGAGUUCUGUUGUCUCUUUAAGUUCUUACUGAAUGACUGUUGGUAUCCAUUUCAUAAAUUAAUCACAACUGGCACAUACAGGUACUCUCAACUAAGAAAUAGGUUGUAAUGGGCUGGGAAAUUGAAUUGAAUUGACUUUGAAUGCCUUCAAGUCCCCUCCACAAUGUUGCUAUUAGGGCUGUCUGAGAGAGCAUAUCUUUGUCAUAGCCUUGGAAGUAUUUAGUUUCAAUUUCCUGAACUGUUUGGCAUCUUUUAUGAGCCCUAAAAUUCACAUUCAUGAAAUUAAGUAAAAUGUCAGUUUUACAUACUGACAAUAUUUUCCAUAUUUGUGAUGUUGAUUCACUAAUCAAAUACAUAUGCAGGGUAAUAAAUAAUUUGUUAUUAAUGUCUGUGGGAAAGAUUCCAAUAGUGAGUGAUUAUAAACGUAUACCUUCCAGAGAAGUGCUCGUAAGAAUUGUACAUGUUUGUCUGAUUACAAAUAUUAACUUUGGAAUAAAUGCCCAUAUUU